AUGGGUUUCAUGCGAGCAGUCGGCCUCGCCGUUGGAGCCCUGCUGCUUGCGAUCGCAGUCGCUUACUUCCGUGGCUAUGGCAUGCGGCCAAAGGACUAUCCUCCAGGUAGCUGCAUGAUGUUGAAGAAGAUGUAUGAUGUCAUGCUAACAUUGGAAUGGAUUGAAAGGACCGCCCACAUUGCCCAUCAUUGGCAACCUCCACCAGAUGCCAAUGACAGACCUCCAUCUGAAACUGCAAGAGUGGUCCAAGAAAUGUAUGAUUUCAACGACGUGUCCAAGCCUCUGCUGGAUCUGGCCGCUGACAGCUCGGAUCAAAUCGUUCGGGAACUUAUUGACAAGCGUAGUGGCAUCUACUCGGGCCGCAUGGAUGUCUUUAUCCGAGAGUUUGGCGAAGACCUCAAUAUCUUGAUGAAAGACAAUGACGAGGUCUGGCGAAGACAGCGCAAGAUGUACCACUUGAGACUCAACGUCAACGUGGCCAAUCGGUACAUCCCAUAUCAGGAGUUCGAGACCACACAGUUACUGCACGACAUUCUCAACUUCCCCGAGAACUACCAAUUCCACACGAAGCGGUUCACCACCAGCAUUGCCUCAACGAUCAUCUACGGCUGGAGGACAACAUCCGUCGAUCUUCCUCAUGUGAAGAAGAUGUCUGAGUGGAUCGAAGGGUAUGCCGUUGCUGCCGGCCGUCUGCAGCUUAUGGACUGGUGGCCAGAGCUCCGCACCAUUUUCAGGCACGCACCGUCCUGGAUCACGGGUAUCAGCAAAGAGAUGGAGCGGCUGAGGAACCUUGAAGACGAGCUGUGGAUGAGCUUGCUGAACGAGACCAAAGCAAGCAUCGAGCAUGGAUCCCAGAAAGCUAGCUUCUGUACGGAUAUGGUUCUACACAAUGAUGUCAAGGCCGACAGUUACCUGAGUGACAAGCAGAUGGCCGCUAAUGCGGGACAUGCCUUUGCUGGUACCACGGACACAACACUGAACACAACUCUUGCUUUUAUCAAGGCUAUGAUGCUAUAUCCUCGUAUCCAAGCCAAAGCACAAGAAGAAAUUGAUAGGGUUGUUGGGCCGGAGAGAAUGCCGAGCUGGGAAGACUGGGACAACUUGCCUUAUAUCCGGGCCGUCAUGAAGGAAACCCUCCGGUGGAUGCCAACCACGAUUCUUGGAGGAAUGCCGCAUCGGUUGUCCAAGACCGAUAAUUACGAGGGGUACACCAUCCCCUCCAACGCCGGUGUGAUGAUCAAUGUCUGGGCCAUCAACAAUGACGAAAGGCGGGCAAUAAACCCUCGAGAGUUCGAUCCCUCAAGAUAUGAGGGCGAUGACCUCGCAACGGGGGAGUCUGCUGCGCUGGGCGAUGCCACAAAGAGAGACCAUUUCACAUUCGGCGCUGGUAGACGCAUCUGCCCUGGGCUGCAUGUUGCUGAGCGGUCAAUGUUCAUCACCAUGGCCCGACUUCUGUGGUCCUUCAACAUCACCAGGCCCACUGACAGUGAGGGGAACUUUCUGCCGGUGGAUCGAGACGCAAUCACGCCGGGCUUCAUUGUCUCCCCGGUUCCGUUCAAAUGCAACUUUGCUCCGCGAGACACAAAGAGGGCGAUGAUGAUCCAGCAGUCGUGGCAAGACUGCCAGCACUUCCUGGACAAGGAGGGCAACUACACAGAGGAGUUCUUUGCCAAAAGCUUUGGGUCGGAGUAG